CAAUUUAAUUCCUUUUUCCAGUCUGAAAAAAUCCAGUGCAAUGCAAACUUGUUCCAGUGUGCAUAUUUUCACAGUGGUAGAUUAAAUAAUCUGCAUCACGAUGUCCGUGGAAGAAGGAACAAAUAACCCAGGGAAACUCAGAUGCUCAAACAUUUUCUGGGCAGUUUUUCCGCACGUUAGUCUAAUCCUCUCUCUGGUGUGCUACGCAGCGCUCGGAGCUUUGUUGUUCCGACACUUGGAGGGCAAACGGGUUCCAGACGAUGAGUAUGACACAUAUUUGGACGAACUGUGGGAUUUAUUUAAUAACACGAAAUUAAAUGCAACGGAGUUUAGAGGUCAGUUGAAAAAAAAGAUUGCAAAUGGUUUUAGAUUGGAAUGGCUUCAAAACCCUAACCACUGGACAUUUUCUGGUUCCCUGUUCUUCUGCUGCACAGUGUUUACUACAAUAGGUUACGGUCAUAUCUACCCCCUGACUACUCCAGGAAAAGUUGUGUGCAUGCUGUAUGCCAUGGUUGGCAUUCCUCUCAUGCUUCUGGUCCUUACGGAUGUGGGAGACCUGCUUGCGCUGCUCCUGUCCAAUUCCUACAAGAGACUGCGCAGGCUGAGCAGAAAGAGCAUGUGCUUCAAACCUUUCUGGGUAGAUCCGAAAACCCCUGAUGAUGCCCCCCCAUCCAGGUACACGUUGAAUGGGGAGCUGGAGAUGAAGGAACCUUUAGCAAUCACACAGGUGCUGAAGGCCCAGUCCUCUGUCAAACGCAAGUCCCUGCAGCUCCGCAAUGCCGAAAUCUUCAACAAGAUCAUUGCCAUGGAGAACUUUCCGAUUGUCCAGCUGAAAAGGAGCAUGUCUUGUCCACAGCUGGACCAGCUUCCCCCGUCCAAAAGCAUCCCAGUUUUUACAGGAAUAGGUGAAGAACUUGACAAGCUGAACGUGCCAAUGACAGUGAUUGUAGUGGUCGUGUUUGCCUAUAUCCUCUUCGGAGCAUGCGUCCUGCCGAAUUGGGAGACGGAGUGGGAACCUUUCGAUGCCUUUUACUUUUGUUUCAUCACCUUGACUACAAUCGGCUUUGGAGAUCUGGUGCCGAGCCAUCCCAACUUCUUUAUGUUGACCUCUUUGUUUAUCAUCGUUGGGAUGACCAUUAUGUCAAUGGCAUUUAAACUGGGACAGUCCAGGAUAGUCAGUUGCUAUAGGAAGCUUAUUCAAUGUAUUAGCGGUGGUAUGGUGAAAGAGUACUGAACAAAUCUACUCUUCAAAUGCAUGAACAGUCUGAGAUUGCUUGCAAACUUAACCCUAUCUAGAAAGUACUCUUCUACUGUUUGAUCACUCUUGUUUCGAAGUGCAUAUGUGUUAAAACAGUGUAAUUAUAUCUGGCACUGCCUUGUGUAUAAUACAUUCUGUAAGGUCAUACAGACUGUACAGGUUUAAUGAUGGACAGUAUUUUUAGUAAAGUGUUAUUUACUUAUUUUAAUUUGAAUGUUGGGCUUAAACUCAGGCUUUAUCUUGUUAAUUAAAAGGCAAAAUCUGUUCAGUGUUAAGAAAAUCCUAGUAUAACUUAAAGGAACUGUGCUAAGUAAAAGAAUGUAAGAAGAGAAUACCUGAAGUGGAU